AAAAUUUUAGAAAAUGAAGAGGUUGACGGUUGUGUAUUCCUCAUUUGUCCAAGCAAAAUUUUCAAGAUUAUGGUAUGAAGGGAGCAAGGAGUGCAAGGAGAAAAUUUUGAGGGUCUUCUCAUCGUACAAGAGUUUGAAGGAAGUGUUGAAAAAGUAUGGUAUGGUAUAGGCACGAUCAGACAAUUCCCACCAGUGACAUACAACUCGAAGACGAAGACGAGGAGUUGCGACAAUGUUUAAAGGAAAUGAAGCGCAGGUUUGGAAAUAUGGGAGCUUUACUUGCCGAUAGCAACGAAGCCAUGCAUUAUGAAUAUAUUUCGGCCAUUCUCUAUGCUUCGCUCUACACCAUAAAAAGAAUAACCAAUAAAGAGCUUAUCUUAGCCCCUCAGCUCGAAGUUGUUGGCGAAGAAAGUACUGGUCGGGUCGACCAUGCAAACAAGGCUCUUGAAGAACUAAUAUGCAUUACGGAGAGAAUGCUACAUCAAGUGGUCAUGGGUUUUUCUCAGAAUUUGGUCCAAUGUGAAAGUGCAUUACAGUGCAUUACAG